AUGGAAAUUAGUAAAAAAUAUGUACCAGUCUUCACAAAUGCCCUUAAACUAUAUCGAGAAGAUGUUACAUUUAAAAGGAUAUCUCCAGAUAAAAUUCCAGAUAUAACUAAAUUCUUUCCAGAUGGCUGGCAUCAAAAUAUCUCACCCAUAUAUGUAAGCCAAAAAUAUACCCAAACCCCAAAAAUUAUUCAUGAAAAUAUUUCAUAUUUAUGCUUAUUUCAGGGGAGUAGUAGUCAAGAUGAUAUUAGCAAAAUCAUAUGCCAGUAUACAGAUGAUCCAAAAAAAGUAUUUAAAAUUAUUGAUAAACAUUUAAGAGAUCAAAAUUUUGUAGUUUUUGAUUUUACUAAAGCAGUAGAUAAUCCUUUAAGUGUACGGCUUAGUUGA